AUGGCAAAUUUAGUUGUAAAAAACAUCAGGGCCGGCGUGUGGGCCGCGAACGAACCACCGUCUCCUCCUUUCCGAUCCCCUCCGCCCCUCCCCUCCCCUCCCCCCCGACCCGACCCCAGCACAAAGCAUCGCUCUUCUGCAUCCCCCGAGGACCAGGCGCAGCCCCUCCACGGCGCGCUCGCUCGCUCUGCCCGGAGGCCUCGUCGCCUGCCUGGGUCCCCACCAAGGUGCGCACCGUCCUCCGGUGGGGGAUGGAGCCGAUCCGAUCCGAUCCAGGGGAUUCCUCACCUCCUGGAACUGGACCCGGCACAGGUGGCCGCGGUGAAGGGCGCCAUCGACGACGGGGCCUGCCCGCUCGAUCCCCUCUCCGACGCCUCCGACUCCGACUCCGACUCCGACUCCAGCGGCGGCGGCGACGGCGACGACGAGGAGAGCGACCACCCUCCAAAGCAGGGGAAGGCCGUCUCUUCUUCCCCGGGUCGACAGCUUCGACAAGGCAACGACCUGCUGCACAGGCUGCUUUGGAAGGAAAGGAACAAACACAUGUUCAGUAGCGAAAGGAGAAUGGCACAAGACGUUAUCUUUGCCAUCCUGAAGAAGGGAGGCUGUGAGGAGCCAUUAAGUACUAUAGAUAACGUCAUGUGCCAUAAUUUGUAGUUCACAGUGAAUAGUACUAUAUGUUGUUCCUUUCUUUGCCAUCCUAAAGAAGGGAGUCAAAGAUAAUAUCCUGGGCCAUAAUUUUGUAGUUCACAGUGAAUAUUCCUGUAGGUUGUUCCUUUCUUUGCCAUCCUGUAGGUUGUUCAAUCGUGAAAGGAGAAUGGCCCUAUGUUUGCCAUCCUCAAGAAAGAAGAAUACGUAGCGAAUCAA